CCCCAGGCGCACCGGGCUCGCCAGCCAUGUGCUCGUUAGCGUCGGGCGCUACCGGGGGCCGGGGCGCGGAGGCGCCGGAGGAGGAGGAGGAGGACGUGCCCGAACUGUCAGACAGCGGCGACGAGGCCGCCUGGGAGGAUGAGGACGAAGCCGAUGUGCCCCACGACAAGCAGCAGACCCCUUGCCUGUUCUGUGACAGAUUAUUUACAUCUGCUGAAGAAACAUUUUCACACUGUAAGUCUGAGCAUCAGUUUAAUAUUGGUAACAUGGUCCAUAAACAUGGUCUUGAAUUUUAUGGAUACAUUAAGCUAAUAAAUUUUAUUAGACUUAAGAAUCCUACAGUUGAAUAUAUGAAUUCCAUAUAUAACCCAGUACCUUGGGAGAAAGAAGAGUAUUUGAAGCCUGUACUAGAAGAUGACCUUUUACUUCAAUUUGAUGUAGAAGAUCUUUAUGAACCGGUGUCAGUCCCAUUCUCAUACCCCAAUGGACUCAGUGAAAAUACAUCUGUUGUUGAAAAAUUGAAACAUAUGGAAGCCAGGGCACUGUCUGCUGAAGCUGCAUUAGCUAGAGCGCGUGAGGAUCUGCAAAGAAUGAAACAAUUUGCUCAGGAUUUUGUGAUGAACGCAGAUGUCAGAACCUGCUCGUCAUCUACUGCCAUUGCAGACCUCCAGGAGGAUGAGGAUGGUGUUUAUUUCAGCUCAUACGGGCAUUAUGGGAUACAUGAAGAAAUGCUAAAGGACAAAGUCCGAACAGAAAGUUACCGAGAUUUUAUAUAUCAAAAUCCACAUAUUUUCAAGGACAAGGUAGUUUUGGAUGUUGGUUGUGGAACUGGAAUUCUUUCUAUGUUUGCUGCUAAAGCAGGUGCAAGGAAGGUUCUUGGAGUUGAUCAGUCUGAAAUACUUUACCAGGCGAUGGAUAUCAUAAGACUAAAUAAACUUGAAGAUACUGUUAUACUAAUCAAAGGAAAGAUUGAAGAAGUUCAUCUUCCUAUAGAAAAAGUGGAUGUCAUUAUAUCUGAGUGGAUGGGCUAUUUUCUUCUUUUUGAGUCCAUGUUAGAUUCUGUACUUUAUGCAAAGAACAAAUACUUGGCAAAAGGAGGAUCAGUUUAUCCUGACCUUUGUGCUAUCAACCUUGUGGCAGUAAGUGAUGUGAAUAAACAUGCUGAUAGAAUUGCUUUUUGGGAUGAUGUCUAUGGCUUCAAUAUGUCCUGUAUGAAGAAAGCAGUUAUUCCAGAAGCUGUUGUGGAAAUUUUGGAUCCGAAGACACUUAUUUCAGAUCCUAGUAGUAUUAAGCAUAUAGAUUGCCAUGCAACAUCUAUCUCAGAUUUGGAAUUUUCUUCAGAUUUUACCCUGAAAAUCACAAAGACAUCCUUGUGCACGGCAAUUGCUGGCUACUUUGAUAUAUAUUUUGAGAAGAAUUGCCACAACAGGGUCAUGUUCUCAACGGGCCCCCAGAGUACCAAAACACACUGGAAACAAACAGUAUUUCUAUUGGAAAAGCCAUUUUCAGUAAAAGCAGGUGAAGCUGUGAAAGGAAAGAUCACAGUUCACAAGAACAAGAAAGAUCCACGUUCUCUUAUUGUGACCCUCUUCUUGAAUAAUUCAACUCAAACUUAUGGUCUCCAAUGAAAAAGCACAAGAUUUUUAUGUGGGGACGGGGUGGGGAGGGCUGGAGGGAGAAGUUUUAGGUGACUACAUGGAUGGAUGAUGUGUUCUUUCCAAUGAGUCUCCUCAAGAGAAGCAGGUAGAGAGGGACCUGAUGUAAUUCAGCUGAGGAAGGGAACCAGCCGAUCCUAGUGGUCCACUUAUGUCAUUUUUCAAAGUCUGGUCAGUAGAUUUAACCAAAUGCGAGGUCUUCACUGAGUUUAGCUGUAUUGAAAAUCAUUUGAAUUGGCCUAAGUUUAGAACAGGGGUAGUCUUUGUUGGUUUUAAUGUUUCUUACUAUAAAUUUUAAACAUAAGUAAUUGAUUAGUUAUUUGAAUGAUGUUUUGUUAAUCUAGUAGCCUCACACAGGUAUUAUACAUUUUAUUGCAGAUAUACUCUCUGAGGGUUAGUGGAUUUUAAUUGUAUUAUUGGAAUAUUAGGAUAUAAUAAAGAACCACUGUAAGAAGCUAAAAUAUAGAAAAGAGAACAUCAGCUUUCUUACACAAAUCCUUUGAAGACAAUUGUCUAGUAAACCUAUAGUUAUGAUUUUGUAGCUUCUUCCCUCUUUGCAAAUAUUCUUUAACUGUAUCGUUUUCUAGUAUUGCCCAGGAAAUCUACUUUCAAUACAUUUAUCCUGGGUUUCAUAAGUUUUAAAAGAUUGCUAUAAUGUGUUCUUAUCUACUAAUACAGCUUUUCAAACUAGAUUUAUGUGCCACAUUAAACAUGUUACUGUUGAUAUACUUCAUCACUAUAAAAUUGGAAUUUCAGUGGACUCAGUUUGAAAUGUAGAAUGAAACAUAUUCAAUAAAAUGUAUGCAACAACCAUAUAGCCUUUUGAAAAAUCAGAAGCAUUUAAAAUCUUAACAUAGAAAUCAUUUUUAAGAAAACAGGGAUUUUAAGAAGUAUCACAUGCUUCUUUUCAAGUUCAUCAGCUGGUUCUUUUUCAAAACAGCGUACACAAGGCAGCAUAGCAUAGUAUUAAGAAGCACGAGUCAGUGCCUGGAAUCCAGCUCUGGCUCCAGCUCUUACUUGGUGUGUGUGAUCUUAGUCAUAUUCCUUUACCUCUUUCCCUUCAUGUACAUGCCAGUUCAUUAGUUAAUACAUUCAAGUACUUAGAUCAGUGCCAGCCAUAGCAGAAACACUCAAUAAAUGCUCGGUGGCAGUGGCAUCAUCAUAAUACAGUCAAGAACACCUUCCAAAGAAUAUAUCCCAUCAGUUUGAGAAUGUCAACUUCAUCAGAGAGGAAUUACAGUGGAUCUUGGACUGUGGUUUCACUCAGUGUCAUUUCAUUAAAAUAUUGAUUAGGGGAAAAAAAUUCUGACCUACUUUGAACAAAAUGACAUUAAAAAAAUACCCAUUAGAAGGGUUUUCUUUGCCUUUUCAGUAAUUUACCUAAAAAGCAAAUAUUUUGUACUUCAUACCUUUACAAGCAGGUCUUUGAUUAAGUGAAUUUAGUCUUGUUAAUACUGAGCUAAGCUUUGCCUAAAACUGUGAAGCUGCUAUAAAUGCCUUUGAAAUCUUUUGUCAGCUUGGUUAAAUGAAUAAUUACAUGUUAUUUCAUAAUCAUCUGUUACCUCAUUUAGUCAGAUGUUUUUAAGAUCUUUUGCUACUUUAGACAGAGUUUCCCAAAUCAAAUUGUAAAUGAAAUCUUGACUUGUUACUAUGGGGUGUUUUUCCAGAGGAUUCCUAGAACAGCAUCCCAUAAACUUUGUAAUCGUUCCUCUAUAAAGAAGAGGUUAAAUAAAGUAGGCUUAUUUGUGUGUUGAAUUGCAUGGGAAGCACUAUCAAUAACUAAUAUUAAGCCUUUUUAAUUUGUAUUUAUGUGGGCAUGAAAUAUUAAUAUAAGUGUUAUAAAAAUUAUAUGACCUUCCUA